AUGAGGUUAGCCGUGAUCGUGGCCAUACUUGUCCGUUCUUUCAUAGUGGUAUGCUCUCCCGGGGAUAAUUUAGACGAGUUUGUUGACUGUACCUACGCAUGUGAAUAUAACAGAGAAUGUCCGAACUCGCAGAUAAACUAUAUUGACCCAGAAUCCAAUAUGUUCCACGAUAUCGAGUUUUUCAACACGCCAGCCCUGUAUUCCAGGCUCUUGUUUUGGGACUGUAUCUCCGAUUGCGACUACCAAUGCCAGCAUAUCAUAACACGUUGGAGAAUUGAUGAGCAGGAGGAGGUUUACCAAUUUCACGGGAAAUGGCCAUUCUUGAGGGUGCUGGGUACUCAGGAAUUUUUCUCCACCAUUUUCAGUAUAGGCAACUUCAUCCCCCAUUAUAAGGCGUUUGGGAAGUUCACCAAAAUGCUACGCCAAGACAGUAAUAAGAGCAGGAAACACAGCAGAAGUAUAUUGAUUUGGAACUAUCUUUAUGUUACUGUUGCAGGGAUGUUGGCAUGGAGCGCAAGUUCGGUUUUCCAUUGUCGUGAUUUGAUCAUAACGGAGAAACUGGAUUACUUUUUCGCAGGUGCCACUGUUUUGACAGGGUUCCAUGCGAUUUUUGCAAGAAUGACUUCCAUGUACCUGUAUCCUAAGAUAGCACAAGCGUUCACCGCUUCGGUCGCGAUGAUCUUUGCCCUGCACAUCCUGAGACUGUAUGUUGACUGGUCAUACACGUACAACAUGAGAUUCAAUAUUUUUUUUGGUGUUUUACAAUACAUUCUAUUGGUAAUGCUGUCAUAUCAAAACUACAACGCGCUAAGAAAGCAGAAGCAAAGGGGCGAAUUUAAGAAAACCGCUUAUUCCAGCUUCAGUCGUCUGAUGUUUAGACUGUGUAUUGUACCAAUCAUCCUUGUUGUGGUAACCACAAUGGCUAUGUCGCUGGAGUUAUUUGACUUCUUCAGUUAUGGGUGGCAGAUUGAUGCGCACGCCAUAUGGCACCUGUGCACGAUAUGGCCUUCCUGGGUGUUAUAUGACUUUUUCCUCGAAGAUUAUGGCUAUUGGGGCAAUAAGCAACUGUAG